AUGACCUCUCAACUCUUGCCGCUGGAGCUUAUCGACAAGUGUGUCGGCUCCCGAAUCUGGGUUGUCAUGAAGGGUGACAAGGAGUUCUCGGGCACCUUGCUCGGAUUUGAUGACUACGUCAACAUGGUCAUGGAAGAUGUCACCGAAUUCGACUACACCGGUGCUCAGACCAAGCUGCCUAAGCUUUUGUUAAACGGAAACAACAUCUGCAUGUUGAUUCCCGGUGGAGAAGGCCCAAUCUCCAGCUAG